AUGGUUCACCCUACCUCGACCUGCUGCAAGACCUCUGGCGACGGGAGCUGCGUCUGUGCAGCUCAGGCCAAGUGCUCGUGUGGCAAGGAAAACGCUCUUCACUGCACAUGCAACAAGGCUGCCACCGAAAACGCCAUCUCGGGUGCUCGAUGCUCAUGCCGUGCGCGUCCCGCUGGACAGUGUACUUGCGAACGGUCAACGACCGAGAACCACCCGAUCACCGGCGAGGCUUGCCCCUGCGGGAAGAGACUCCCCACGUCCUGCACCUGUGAGAAGGCUAGCUCCGUCGAUGCAGCUGUCGAGGGCAUUGAGACGGACUUUACUACCCGAGCUUGA